GGUGAAAAAGCUGAAUUUUGGAGGGGGGGGAAAACCCCAAAUUUUGGGGCAAAAAAGGAGCAGGAAUGUUUCCAGGAGGAGCUGAGGAGGGCCCAGCGCAAACUCCUGAAGGUGUCCCGGGAUAAAAGUUUCCUCCUGGAUCGGCUCCUCCAGUACGAAAACGUCGACGAUGAUUCCUCAGACUCGGAGGCGACGGCGUCGUCCGACAACAGCGACGGGGACGGCGCCAAGGGGGCGGAGCCAACGCCCGCCAAGAGGCGCCGCUCGCCGUCCCCUCCCCCGCCGGCCUUUGGCCCCUCCCCCUACAUGAUGGCGUCGCCGCCCUACAGCCCCUUCCCGGCGUCGUUCCCGCCCCUCCCCCCGCAGGGCGGGGCCCGGCCACGCCCCUCCCCCGCCCGGCGCAGCAAAGGGACACGGAGGGGGCAGCCCCCUCCCGCCCCUCCCCCGCUGACCUUCGCUGGGGGCGGGGCCGGGGCGGGGCUGUCCGGGGGGCGUGGCCCGGGCUCGCCCCUCCCCCCGCCGGCGCUGGCCCCGCCCCCCGCCCCGCCCCCCGUGCCCCCCACGCUCCCGCGGCGCCUCCUGAGCGACCCCGGAGAGGGGGAGGGGGAGGGCAGCGACGACCCCCUGGACGGGGACGACGAGCUGGUCAUCGACCUGCCCGAGUGACCACCGAGUGACCAGCGAGUGACCAGUGACCAGCGACCUGCCCGAGUGACCACCGAGUGACCAGUGACCAGCGAGUGACCACCGAGUGACCAGUGACCACCGAGUGACCAGCGAGUGACCACCGAGUGACCAGUGACCAGAGACCUGCCCGAGUGACCACCGAGUGACCAGAGACCUGCCCGAGUGACCACCGAGUGACCACCGAGUGACCAGUGACCAGAGACCUGCCCGAGUGACGAGAGUGACCAGCGAGUGACCACCGAGUGACCAGUGACCACCGAGUGACCAGUGAGUGACCAGUGACCAGC